AUGACAGAGAUGGUCGGGUCCAUCGUCGUCGGCGAGGUGGUGAACCGGACCUCCGACUUCCUGAUCAGCAAGCACAGGGAGCGUCUGAGCACGCGAGAAGCCAUCGAGCGGCUGGAGAUGGCGCACAUCAAGAUGGAGGCCGCGCUGGAGCUGUCCGGCCGCUGGCAGCAGGCCACGGACGCGUCCCUGCUCCGCUGGCGCCGGAAGCUCCGGCGCGCCGCGGACGAGUGCGACGCCGCGCUGCACCGCUGGAAGCUGCGGGAGCUGCAGGAGGAGGACGCCCGGGAGAGACUGGCGCGGGCGCCGCUCCCGCGUCGCGUCGCGCACGCGGUCCUGUGCUUCCUCUCGGCGCUCCUCCUGCCGCUCCUCGCCCGCGCCGGCGGCGGCGGCGACGAGUGCUCCCGCGCCUGCGCCGCCGUCCAGAGGUUCGAGAGGCUGGCCAGCGGCGCCGCCGAGUUCCUCAGGUGCGUGAAGUUCGGCAGCGCGCCGCGGAGGUUGUGCUGCGGCGGCCAGUUCGGCUUCGGCCCCGUCGUUGGGAGGCUCGGUGAGCACGCGAGCUACGAGAGGCUGCAGGGAGCUCCUCAGCAGCACCGUUUCUUGGACGCUGGGCCCGCAAGUCCGGCGGAGCUUUGGGUGGACAGCAGCAAGCCCUGCCGUGCUUACCCGAAGCGAAGGGCGUCCGGGAAGAAACUGCUGCUGGUAUGA